AUGAGUUAUAGGCAGUCACCUACGUGUGUCAGGUCCUAUCGGUUUGCCCCUCCAUCUUUCCAAGCUGAGAAAAUGAUUUGUAGCCUCACUGGAGUCUACGCCUCAGCUGUUCCCGGUUACACCAAGUCCGAUCCCAGCCGCCGGAAGAGUAUUUCGUCAUCUUCCUCCGCCAGCCGGUUGGUUCCCCUUUUUCGAGUGUCUUCGGAGCCGGACUACAUUGAUUCAUAUAAUAGAGCUGAGUUCAAGGAGAGAAGUGAAGGCGAACUGGAAAUGGAUCCGCCACAAAAAUUGGCGAGGUCGAAGUUUUACCCGGGUUCCUUCACCGAUGAGAAGGCGAAGCAGCUCCGAUUGAUGAUAACCAGAUCGUCGUCGUUACAUGACGUUAUGUACCAUUCGGCAAUCGCUUCUCGACCCGCCUCUGACUUCAAGGGUCGGUCCGGUCUAUGA